CGAAUCUUGAUGCGACUCUUGCGGCUCGCGCAACUCCGACAUCGAGAGGCCCGAGCCCUAACCGCAUAAACCCUUCCACCGCCGCGGCGCCGCCUCUUGUCCCCGUCGGCUCCUCCUCGCCGCUUGCGCCGCCCUCUUCUUCCCGGCCCCGACGCGCCACCGCCACGACCGCCGCGAUGUCGAAGAAAGGAGGACGAGCGAAGAAAGCGGCGGGAGGCGGCGAGCUGUCCCGCUUCCUGGAUUCGCAUCUCCAGACCAUCAACGACACCUUCCAGAUGAUGGCGGAGGCGGUUCCGGGGAGCUUGGAGCGGACGGAGUGGUCUGAGGUCGUUAAGCUCGGGGACCAGGUUUCCAGGCAGGCCACCGUCGCUGGAAUGCUCUGGAGUGGUGACUUGCCUAAUGUAGAGACCUUGAAGGAGAACAUUGUUGCAUAUUUCAACAUUCUACAAGGUUUCCUUUUGGUUUGCCAUGGAAGCAUGUUCGGUGUUGGACCUACUCUUCACAAGUCCAUCUGUGGUUCUGCAAAGAACGUGGUUGACUCUAGCUUCUCAUUGUUCAAGCAUGCUGUUUCUGCUUAUGAAUCUCGCAGCCCUGAUCGAAACACAACUAUACCCCAGGUAACAGGAACUGUAUGGGAAGCCUGUGCUGCUCUCAAGAAGGUGCCAACGUCAAACUGUACUGCCAUAGGACGAGCCAUGACCCAGAUAGGUGUGUGUCUGAAAGAUGUUCUCCGGGAGAUGAAGGAACUCCCUAUUGGUGAUUCUGGUGAUAAUACUGCUGAAAUAUCUUCCAAUGGUGCUGUUGACACCACAAGUUGUUCUGAUAGAGAUGAGAUAUCUGAUCUUGAUAUGGAUGAUGAUGAUUUCACUGAAGAGGAGGUUGCUGUUGCUAAGUUGGUUGUCGCUGUGGUAUCUGAUUCACUGGUUGUAGUGAAAGAGGCGAUUCGUUUCAUUACUGGUUUGCUCAAGAGCACAGGUAACAAGAAUGGGGCCAACGAGGACAAAGUUGAGCCAAUGGAAAAAUUGCUGAACCAUUGCAAGGAGAUUGCCGACCAGGUCAAUGAUCUUGGGGCUUCUGUAUAUCCUCCACAAGAUACAUCUGAGAUGAAGCUUGCUGUAAAAAGACUGUAUGAUAGCAUCAAUGGAAUGCGCAAGGAAAUAGGACACCUUGGUGGCUCACCUGCGAACGCAUUUGCAGCCCUUGAAGGAUUCGAGAAGUGCCUUGGAUCUCUGGAGGCCAAGUUAGGUGAUGAUGUGGUGGACGAGAUGGAAAAUCUUACUAUUAGCCAGUAGCAUGUCAUGAUAAUGUUCAGAUUUGUCAUAGCAAUGUUAUACCAGUAUGUCUUCUGAUUUGGGCAAUGGAAGAAGCUUUUGUUGUUUAAGGCUUGCGUCUCUGUGUACUCUUGUAUCUUCCAGUGUCAGUAAGAAGCUCGGUCUGGUUUGCUGCAGCUUCUAGUUGGUGAAGCCACUGUCAAGGAUCAUCGAAUCUGCGAAAUAUUGUUCACAUUCCCUCGUUCGCUAUUUUUA